UUGCUCACAAUAUACUGUAGUCUCAAGAGCACUACUUGGCACUUACAGCUAACAGCUUACACAUUUCUCAUUUUAGUUGUAUGUCAGCUAUCAGUACGUCGUGUACUGAUCGCAGUUGGCUACUAUCGGAAAUAAUUCUCACACUUUUAACUCUUCAUUCAUUAAUGUUAUGAGUUAUAAUGUGUUAUUCUAGUUCUUGUUCAUCCAUUCGUGCUGUUUAUUCGAUCAAAAUGUGAUGAGUUUCUGAUAUAAAUCGCGCUUCUCCCCGGUGAAGAAAAGUCUUACGUUCGGCCUCCGCGGUUUCCAAGUUACAUAGAUCGUAGUCGUUUGUUUAGUUGUCACAUAAACUAGAACUAUGCAAAAAUGUGGAUUUUGUUCAAUGCUGUCUGGUUUUUUUAGACGUGCUAUGUGCGUUGGGAGCAGACGUGGAAGCAGUGAAUCCUACUAUCGUGAGCUCGGAGAUCAAGACACUCUGAAAAUUGAUGAGCAGUCUGUACUCUCCGAUGACUCCGAAGAAAUAGUACAAGUAACUCAACCGCGGAGGCAGAUACUGGAGUUGAAUGACUUAGAAAACAUGGCGAAGCGCCUGGUGAGCACUGGCAAGUUCCUCACGAUGCAUAAGCGUCGUAAGAAGCGUCUCCUCACCAGAUCACUUAGCCAGGAGACGGCACUGCUAGACGACCUGCUGCUAGGACAAGUGCAGUGUAUUCUGCAGCAGUCAGCGACGUGGAAGUUCAACGCUUUCACCCUGGAUAAUGUGUCUGGUGGUCGCUGCUUGCCGGUACUCUGCAUACACCUGUUUCACAUGUACGGGCUGAUGUCGCACUUCAAGCUGGACGUGGCUAAGGCCUGGAAGCUGUUCAGCAUGAUCGAGGACGGUUAUCACAGCUCCAAUCCGUACCACAACUCGAUACAUGCAGCUGAUGUGACGCAGGCGAUGCAUUGCUUCCUGCAACAACAUCGGAUCCGUGAGCACUUGGAACCAGCGGAAAUAAUGGCAUCUCUAUUGGCUGCUAUCGCUCAUGACAUGGAUCAUCCGGGCGUGAAUCAACCAUUCCUGAUUGCCACAUCGAAUCAUCUCGCUGCCCUAUACCAGAACACAUCGGUUCUGGAGAAUCAUCACUGGCGCUCAGCGAUUAGCUGUCUCAUCGAGAGUGGGCUAUUGGACCGUGAGGUCCGAGUCAAGCUGGAAGGACAGAUCAGCUCCUUGAUCCUCGCCACAGACAUUACCCGGCAGCAAGAGUACCUGAGCCAGUUUAAGACAUACGUCGACACAAAUACUCUGGACCUUCGGAACAGUGACCACCGUCAUCUGGUGCUGCAAAUCGCGCUUAAAUGCGCUGAUAUAUCAAACCCUUGUCGUCCAUGGGAAAUCAGCAGGAAAUGGAGCCUCAAAGUUUGCGAGGAAUUCUUCCGACAAGGAGACUAUGAGCGCAAAUUAAACCUACCUGUGACGGCGCUGUGCGAUCGCCAUACCACAUCCAUCCCGAAGAUUCAAACAGGUUUCUUCAAAUUUGUUGUCACGCCGCUAAUCACCGAAUGGCACAAAUUCUUGCACAAUGAUCUCUCUGCACAAAUGCUUGAGAAUUUGAUUUAUAAUCAAGGGAAAUGGGAAUCGUUGGUUGCCCAGGAGAACGCUGAAGAGACACGCACUGAAAUCUCUGACGCUGACAUGGUUGAUGAUGAUCUGGAGACAUGUUCCGGAACCAAUAUAUCAGACAGCUCGGAAUUGCUUCUGCCGCUCCGUAGGAGCUCGCUAAACCCACCGAAACCAGUUGGUCUCAGGGAGCAAUUACGUAGAUUCUCAGUGCCACUCAAUAUUUUCCAAGACACCCGUUUCAAGAAGAGCCGAACAGAAUCGCUGGCUGAAGCACUUAGCAAAAGCAACUGUAGCGCUUUAGGUAGCGACCAGUCGUUGCACUCUCAGCUCAGUGUACGCGGCCAUUGUGACAACAAAGACUCAAAAGAAAAGGUUCUGAGCUCUGAAAAUCUUUUGCCAGACUCUUCUAUUGCGUCCAUAACCACGCCGUGUCAAGCCACCCGGUUAAAGACCGUGUUAAAAGACGGCAAUACUUGGAAGUUAGUUCGCCAACAAACGUUCCCACCUAUGGAGCUUUCCGGCCAAGCUCAGGGCUUGGUCUGCCGACCAUACACUAGCUCUGAAGACACCACUACACGCCAAGAUUACUUUGGCAUUAGAGAUUACGAGCUAAAAGAAGAAACGGUCACCGUGGAGCAAUAUGAGGAAAAAGAGAACAUAAACACAUCUAACCGAGCCGGCAAUACAAACCGCUCGAAAUUCGGAAGUCAGCUGAGAGAGAAUCUAUCCACUGUUAACCUGAGCAUGUUCCCGAGUGGAGAAUUACUGGGAAGGAGGAAAUCUAUGCCCGCCGAUGAUCUACAUGCUUCACAAGAGAAACGCAUGCGUGAAGUUGUGGCAGCUAUUCCGGAGCUCCUACGUCAUAUGUACGGCAACGUCUUGGACAAAGGACGUCGUGGUUCUGCCCCAGCGCCUGUUACAAUGUCCGAGCUGCCGGGACUUGCGGCUUUGGCUCGUAAUGGCUCGAAUGGGGGGCGACGCAAACCCCUACCGGUCACUUGCCACCAAUGGAUGAACAGCAUGGAAACGCCGCACGUGACUCGACGUAGCUCUCUGCCCGUUGAGGUGAUGACAGGAAUCUCAUCACGCUGAUCUAUCUUCAUCAGAUAAUUCAGUUUAGACAUAUCUGCCAUUAAAAAAGAACGAGGAGUGCAGAACAAUUAUGCAACAUCGAAAAAAUAUAGAAAUCGCUUACUCUACUUGGGGCGAUAUAUUUAUUAAAUGUAUCUGUAAUUUGGGGUUAUUUUCCCAUAGUUUCAGUGUCUAGAUGAUGUUACAAAUAUUUGCAAAGUCAAUGUCUAGAGCCUAAUUGUUUCUUACUAUUGAACAAUUACCGUCUAAUAAUAAUCUUAUGAACAUUUUUUUAGUCUAGCUCAAAUAACGGGCUGGACUUAAUGACAUAGAACAUCUUGAGAAAUGACAAGUGAGUCUUAGUACAAAUUUUAUUUUCGAUUUAUUUUUAUAUAAUUUUAAGUCUGUAUUAACUCGACUAGAUGUCACAAACCUGACGCUUACACUCUUUUUCUUUCAAAAACUACAGAGUCGCAACAGCUCAACUGUAUAUAUAUUUAGCUGUAAAAUAAUUUUUAAGUAUAAGAGUCUCAUUUUUCUCAUUAAAUAGUUUAUAGUAUGAUGUGAUUGAGAUGUGGUAUAUGUUGAUGAAACAAUUGUAGAGAUAAAUUCAGUCGAGUUUCACUAUCUUUAUUAAACUGAGUAAUCACAUUAGAAGGCCUGGCCACGUGAUAUGAGCGUGAGAUUUUCGUACAAAUUCGAUAGUGGAUCACACCCACGCCUACGUCUCUUCGUCACAGUGUAAGAAAACAGCAAUAAGUGACAAAUUUGUAUUAUUUUCAGUAGUUUUUUUACUGAAGCCUUUUUAUUAUUAGUAUUAGAAUACAACCCCUACAUCAGAGUAUUUAAUAAUUGCAAUCCUUAUGAAAUUUGUCAAGAUUAUAUUAUUACUCAUUUUAGUGAUAAGAAAUAUUGGUGCCAAGUCUCAAAUUUAUAAAGGUGUUUUCGCCUUUUCUUUUAUCAACAUUGACAUGAAAACCGUAAUAAUCAUUUGUAAAUACUAAAUUAAAAUUUCAUAUUACCAAGAUUGUUUUAUCACUGGUAAGCAUAAUAAAUAUGACGCUUAUAAUAAUGUUAUAUACACAAUAUAGUUUUACCUAGAUUUUUUUAUCACUGGUAAGCAGAAUAAUGUGACGCUUAUAAUAAUGUUAUAUACACAAUAUAGUUUUAAAUCUAGUCUUAUUUUUUUUAUGUAUUUUAUGUUAUAUUGAUUUUUAAAAGUUACAUUCUUCAAUGUCUCAAUUUCUUUAGGAUGGGAUGUCAAUUUUCCUGUCAAACACACCGAAAUAAAUGUAAAUUUUUGUACGUGUUUAUUAUUUUUAAUGACACAAAUAAUAAAUAUAUUUCGUUGGAUAACAUUUCGACGAAAUGUAAUUCCAAGACAGUAUUUGGAUUUGACAGGAGAAGAUAUUAUUCUCAUGCUUGUCAUGGUUAAUUAUUCAAUCUGUGAGUAUUUUGUGUCAUAAUCAUUUGUAAAUACAUACUAAAUUAAAAUUACAAUUUCAUAUUACCUAGAUUUUUUAUCACUGGUAAGCAUAAUAAAUAUGACGCUUAUAAUAAUGUUACAUUUACAAUAUAGUUUUAAAUCUAGAUUUAUUUUUUGUUAUGUAUUUUAUGUUAUAUUGAUUUUUUUAAAUUACAUUCUUCAAUGUCUCAAUUUCUUUAGGAUGGGUAGACAUUUUUCCUGUCAAACUUAUCACAGAAUUUUAAAAAUCGUAACAGACUUAUGCCACCAAACACCUAAAUAAAUGUCAAUUUUUGUACGUGUUUAUUAUUUUAAAUGACACAAAUAAUAAAUAUAUUUCGAUGGAAAACAUUUCGACGAAAUUAAAUUCCAAGAAGUUAUAUUUGGAUUUGACAGGCGAAGAUAUUAUUCUCAUGCUUGUCAUUGUUAUUUGGUCAAUCUGUGAGUAUUUUGUGUCACGUGACUGACGUGAAAAUAUUUGAAUUAUGAAGAUUUCAUAAAUUAAUUAUUACUUACAAGUUACUUUACUUGAAUAUAGAUUACUACCAAUAACAAUAUUUUUCACAUUAUCAAAAAUAAUUUUUAUUCGUCAAUCCCUAUUGUUUGUUUUUCAUUGGCACAUAAUUAAGCACAACUUUAAAAUGACCCAUUUUAUAGAUUAGUAUACUAUGAUAAUAUAUAAUAAUGUAAAUGUUUUUACUUUACUCUCUAAUGAGUUAGUUGCAAUAUGCAAGAAUAUAGUUUGUAAGUAUUUUUUUUAAUACAUGUCUUUCGGAGCUUUAGCUUUACAGCUUAAAGAGUAUUUCUCUCAUAUUAUAUGUAUCAAUAAUUUUCAAGUAUGACACUCAAGCCAGUGAACUACGCUAGAUUUAGCAGCGAAAGCGCUAAUUUGUCUAUAAUACGCACACCUUGAAUCUGAUCUAUCGUCUACAAGACUCAUAAUAUAACGAAUGGCAAAGAAGCUCCGAGAAGCAAUUUUUGUUUUUAAGCAACUUCAGUAUUUCAAAAAGCGCUGGUAGCAAAUUGGUUUUAUUUUUAGAUCAGUAUUAAUAUAAAUGGAUUGUGUUCUUUAUUUCUCAAUUAAUUUUGUUAUCUU